AUGGAUCGGGUCUAUGAAUGGCGCCAACAAUACAUUGGCGAUCGAGUCUCGGAUGACUUUCUCUACGGAGCGGCCGCCGGCUGCCUGGCCACCAUCCUGCUGACGCUCAUCUCGCGCGUCGUGUCCCUGCUGCGCAACGGCGACGUCUACGACCUGGCGCACUGGAAGCUCAACAUCCGCGUGCCCAUGCAGCCUAUGUGGAUGAACAUGGGCUACUGGCGAACUCGGCGUGGAGACAAGAUCCAGCACCUGGACCAGGCCUGCGCUGCGCUACUACGCGAGGUUCUGCGCGAGGCGGACCUGCUCGCCGGCGUCGCCGAUGACCCCGCCGCGACGAGGGAGCGCCGGGCGCGCCGCGGCAUCGCCAUCCUCGACGUCGGCUUCGGCUGCGGCGACCAGACCGUGGAGCUCGUACGCGCCAUCGGCGCGCCCCUCUGGCGGUCCUUUCGCUACGUCGGGCUCACGCUGAACCGGGCGCAGCUGCAGGUCGCGUACGGCCGCGUGGAGCGCGAGGUGGCCGCCAUCGCCAGCCACCGCGGGGGCGCCGCACCGUGGCUCGGACCAGACUCGCUGCGUCUCCUCGGCGCCGACGCGGCGCGGCCAGAGUCCUGGCCGCGGCCGGCCCGAGCUCUCGUCGACGGCAUCGGCGCUGAGCAGGAGGGCGAGCGCUGGCUCCUCGCGCUGGACUGCAUGUACCACUUUGCGCCGUCGCGGGCGCCGCUGCUGCGGUACGCGGCGCGCGAGCUGCGAGCCGACCUGAUGGCAUUCGACCUGCUGCUCAACGACAGGGCGCCGCUGGCCGCGCGGCUGGUGGUGAGGGCGGCGGGCCGGCUGGCGGGCUGCCCGCUGGGCGCGUUCAUGACGCAGGAGGAGUACGUGCGACGGCUGGUGGAGGCGGGCUACGACGGCGAGGCGGUGAGGAUAAGGGACGUGACGUCGGACGUGUUCGGCGGGCUGGUGGCGUUCAUGGAGAUGCAGCAGAGGGCGCUCCGGCCGUACGGGAUAGCGAUGGGCAGUCUGGGCGUGGCGAAGCGGAUUUUUGACUGGAUUGACACCACGGGCGUCUUGCGAGCCGUCAUUGUCGUGGCCCGUGUCAAGAGGAAGACGGCAUAA